CAACAUUGGUGUUUGGACCACUCUAAAAGAGUAAUUUAUUCAGAGACGUUGGGACCUUUUUGUAAAAUUAAAAAAAGCAACGCGGAGGAGCAUAAUCUCUCUCUCCUCUCUCCCCUUCUCUCUCUCUCUCCUGUUGCAGAGAUAGAAUGAUUCAGGGAUGAGGAACUGAGCUGAAGACUAAAAGAUUCGAUCUUUAAGCUAAUCUUGAUCUCUGUAAGUUAUAUCUUUAUAUAUCUCAUUUUGUGUGUGUUUUUGUUAGUUUAAUUAUGUCGAAAGAAAAAGAAAAUUCAAGUGAUCUUGUGUAUGGAGGAGGGGAUAGCUCUCAAGAGAAGCUUGUGAAUCACAUUUCUGGUGAGAACAAAGACAGCCCAGAUGAUAAAAUUGGAUCUUGUGAAAAGGGUAUUGAUUUUCUUGGUCAAUCUGAUAUGGAUUUUGAAGGGUCUCGGACAAAACCCUCAAAAAUUGGGAAUUCUGGGUCUCAGGAGCUUACUCUUAGUUAUCUUUGUGAAAAUAAUAAUUCUAAACUUGGGUUUUCUGAUAAAGAUGUUCCUGGUAGGAAUCUGUUGAAUUUGAGUGAUAAGGUAAGUUAUAAAGGGAAGGAAGUGGUGGUUUCUGAUGAUCCGAUUCGAGAUGAUCGGAGAUGGGUUGAGAGGGAUUUCUUGCAGUUGAAUGAGAGUAGGGAGAAUUCUUCGAAAAGGGAGGUUGAAUAUGAAGGAAGUGAUGGGGGGAGUAGGGAGAAGAAGGCAAAGUUGGAGACUCUUGAUUUGUCUUUGGCUUUGCCUGAUGUGUCACUGUCUUUGGCUGCUUCGGAUCCGGGGGCGAAUGGGGAGUCUCGAGUUCCAAAGCCUAGUAGAAGUGUGCAAUCUUUAGCACCUUCGAAUAAUAAUACACAAACUACGUACUCCAAUGAUUUUACUAAUGCUUCGAUGUCUUAUUCAUAUUCACACCCCUUUUCGCAUAAUGCUAGUUGCUCCCUGACCCGGAAUUCAACUGAAAAUUAUGAGAAUUCUGUGGGGAGUCAUAGGAGGGACUGUGAUUAUAUCUGGAAUGCUGGAGAGGGUACCAAUGGAUCGGUUCAUAGUCGAUUUAGGCCAGUUGGAGAUGGUGUUGUGCUGUCCAAUCAUGGUGGUGGAGCUUUCCCGGCACUUCAAGGCAACCGCCCUGCCAAUAAGGACUUGUCUAAUAGUCUUUAUAGGGCAACAAGCUCUGACAACUAUUCAUUUUUUCCUUCUGAGUUGCCAGCAAGGCCACAGUUGGACACUCAGUCAGGUGAUUCAAGGGGCCGCGGAUCUGAUCAGAUGAGGGGAUCAGAGAAUUUAGAUGGAGGGAGAGAGCGGAAGCUUUCGAGACCUGAAAGGAUUAUCCGAGAGAUAGUAUCAGAAUCCGUUCCGGUCAUGGCUCACAUUGUUCAGGAGCUCUCAGAUGAAGUAAUUGAAUCCACAAAGGAAUACCUUAAGAGUGUCAUAGCUACUCCACAGAAGAGACAGGAACUGUUGUCCCUUCAGAAUAGGCUUGCGGGAAGAUCUGAUUUAAGCAGUCAGACUCUUUCAAGGGCAAAUAGGAACCAACUUGAACUUAUGACUGCAUUAAAAAUGGGUCUUGGCGAAUUCUUAUCUACCAAAAAUCGUCUUACGAUGCCUGAACUGGUGGAAAUUUUUCUACUAGAAAGGUGUCGCAAUGUAAACUGUAAGAGGAUAUUGCCAGUUGAAGAUUGUGAGUGCAAGAUUUGCUCGAAUAAAAAAGGAUUUUGCAGCGAGUGCAUGUGUCCCGUCUGUUUCAACUUUGACUGUGCCAGUAACACUUGCAGUUGGGUUGGUUGUGAUGUUUGUUCCCAUUGGUGCCAUGCAGCCUGUGCCCUACAGAGGAAUCUCAUAAAACCUGGUCCUAGCUUGAAAGGUCCAUCAGGAACUAGUGAGAUGCAGUUUCACUGUCUUGGCUGUGGUCAUGCUUCUGAGAUGUUUGGAUUUGUUAAGGAUGUCUUCAUGUCAUGUGCCAAGGCCUGGGCUCCGGAGACUUUGGUGAAAGAACUUGAUUGUGUUAGUAAAGUGUUUAGGGGAAGUGAAGAUUUGAAGGGCAAGGAGUUGCACAGGAGGGCUGACGAGAUGCUAUCGAAGCUUGAGAAUAAGAUAAUGUCUCCUUCAGAUGUCUGCAAUUUCAUCUUUCAGUUUUUCAAUAAUGCAGAAAGCAUGGCCAGUCGUCAUGCUUCUACAGACGCCUCAAAGGAUUUAAUUUCACUUCAAGGCAUCCUCAGAAAGGAUGCGACCCCUCUUUCAUUAUCAAAUUCUCUCCCUCCAAAGUCAUCUUUCUACAACACAGGCUCUUCAAGUGGAAGGCAAGAUAUGAUGCCACACAAUCUCCUUCAAAAUGAUCUGAAAAAUUCUUUCAUGAGUGAGAAAAUAAUUGAAGAUGAAUGGUCUGUAAAGUUACCUAAGAAAGAUGGAUUUGAAAGCUUAGAAAGUGUGGUGCGAGUUAAGGACGCAGAAGCCAGAAUGUUCCAGAGUAAGGCCGACGAGGCAAGGAAGGAAGCAGAAGGGUAUAGAAGGAUGGUUAGAAUGAAGAAUGAGAAGUUGGAAGAAGAGUACUCGGAGAAGUUAGCUAAACUGUGUUUACAAGAAACUGAGGAAAAGCGGAGGAAAAAGAUGGAGGACCUCAAGGUUUUGGAGAAUUCGCACCUUGAUUACUACAAGAUGAAAUUAAGGAUGCAAGCUGAUAUUGCAGGCUUAUUGGAGAGAAUGGAGAACACAAAGCAACAGUGGGUGUAACUGUCUUUUUUUUCCUUUUAAAGUGGUGCCGAUCAUAACUUCCUAGAAAUUUGGUAUCGCUUUUAUUUAUCUGUCUUUCCUUGUUAUUUAUGUUGACGUUUUGGAUUUGGUUUGUUUCUGGAUUUCAUACAAAAAUGGGUGGUUGGAUUUUGGUUUGUUUCUGGAUUUCAUACACAAACGGGUGGUUGGAUUUUGGUUUCAAA